CGCCUCUCGGCUUAGUGGUGCGGGCGGAGGGGCAUGGCUAAGGUGGCGGCGCUGGAGAUGUUUCAGAAGACUCGUAGCCACAAAAAAUACAGAGCCGCCUUAAAGAAGGAAAAACGAAAGAAACGGCGCCGGGAACUGGCUAGACUGAGAGAUUCAGAACUGUCACAAAAAGAAGAGGAGGAUCCUGCUGUUAUGGAAAAACAGUUAGAAGAAGAGAAGCUGUUGGAGAUAGAGAGGCAAAACUUACAUGAUGAAUGGUUAUUAAGGGAGCAGAAGGCUCAAGAGGAAUUCAGAAUAAAGAAAGAAAAGGAAGAGACAGCUAGGAAACUGAAGGAAGAACAAGAGUUAAAGAAAAAAUGGGAAGAACAUCAGAGAAGAGAGAGAGAAAAGGAGGAGCAGAAACAACAGGGGAAAAGAGAAAAAGAGGAAGCUGUGCAGAAGAUGCUGAGGCAGGCUGAAAAUGAGUUAAAAGGUGGUGCUACAUGGCAAAACCCAGAACCGCCCAUGGAAUUAAGAAUAAAGGAGAAAGAGCGAGCUAAUUGUCCAUUCUACAGUAAAACGGGAGCUUGCAGAUUUGGAGAUAGGUGUUCACGUAAACACAAUUUCCCAACAUCAAGUCCCACACUGCUUAUUAAAAGCAUGUUUACAACGUUUGGGAUGGAGCAGUGUGGAAGGGAUGACUACGACACUGAUGCAAGCCUGGAGUACAGUGAGGAAGAAAUCUACCAGCAGUUCCUGGACUUUUAUGAUGACGUGCUCCCUGAGUUCAAGAACAUGGGGAAAGUGAUCCAGUUUAAGGUCAGUUGCAACCUGGAACCUCAUCUGAGGGGCAAUGUAUAUGUUCAGUAUCAAUCGGAAGAAGAAUGCCAGGCAGCCCUUUCUCUGUUUAAUGGACGAUGGUAUGCAGGACGACAACUUCAGUGUGAAUUCUGCCCAGUGACCCGAUGGAAAAUGGCAAUUUGUGGUUUAUUUGAAAUACAGCAGUGUCCUAGAGGGAAACACUGCAACUUUCUUCACGUGUUCAGAAAUCCAAACAAUGAGUUUUGCGAAGCAGAUGGAGACAUCUACCUAUCUCCAGUUUGGACUGGCUCCUCCUUUGGGAAGAGCUCAGGGAGGAGGGUGAGGCUGGACCACCGUGAAGACUACUAUAACUGGCAAAGGAGGAGGAGGAGCCCUGUGCGGGCCCACUCCUACAAGAGGAGAGAGGAGGCUGAUAGGAAGAGGAGGAGCAGUCACGAGGGCGAGAAAUCUCACAAACAUGGGUCUAGAAGCUGGGGAAGGCACAGUUCCCGAAGCAGUGGAAGAAGAAGGGACCGUAGCAGCAGGAGCAGCAGCCAGAACUCCUCCAGGUCCAUGAGCCGUGGUGGGAGGAGGUCGGGGAGCAGAGACUGAACUUUUCAGAGCCCCAAGUCCAAAUAAACUUCCUUUAUCACUUUAACUUACUUUGUCACUGUGUUCUUCAGUGAUUGUAUACCUUAUGAUGUUGUUUAGUUGCUCUUCAUGUCCGACUCUCUGUGACCCCCCCUGGAUUGCAGCACUCCAAGCUUCCCUAUCUGUCCUUCAACUGUUUCCUGGAGCUUAUUCAAACUCAUAUCCAUUGAAUCGGUGGUGCCAUCCAACCAUCUCAUUCUCUGUCGUCACCUUCUCCUGCCUUCCAGGUCUUUUCCAUUGAGUCAGUUCUUUGCAUCAGGUGGCCAAAGUGUUGCAGUUUCAGCUUCAGUAUUAGUCCUUCCAAUGAAUAUUCAGGACAGAUUUCCUUUAGGAGUGACUUGUUUGAUCUCCUUGCUCUCCAAGGGACUCCCAAGAGUCAUUUCCAACAUCGCAUUUUGAAAGCAUCAAUUCUUUGGUGCUCAGCCUCUUUUUGUUUUUAAUUAAAAAUUUUUUUUUGCUCAACUGUCUUUAUGGUCCAGAUCUUUCAUCCAUACAUGACUACUGGGAAAACCAUAGCUUUGACUAUACGAUCUCUGUUGGCAAAGUAAUAGCUCUGCUUUUUAAUACACUGUCUAGGUUUGUCCUAGCUUUCCUUCCUAGGAGCAAAUGCUUUAGUGAUUUAGUGAACUCUAUUUUUCUUUCAUUCUGCAUCCUUUCCAGUGGAGAUUUCUUUUCCAACCCACACACAGCCCACAACAGGGAGCCUGCAGGUGCUUCUUCCCCUCCCCUCCACUCUCUUCUGUAAUUUCUUUUUCCUUGAACUGUGGUGAACAAGUGCCUGUGGAAGCAGUUGAUCUUUGGCCAAGGUUACUCUCUGCCACCCAAGCUGAUGAGGCCUCUCCUUUCCUCUUUUUUCCUCUUCUUCCUUAAACUGGGGAUCGGGCCAGUUAAAGUUGUGCAAGCACAGCUCAGGCACUUAAAAAGACAUUAGGACACCUGCCUCUUGAGGAAUCCCAUAAAAGGAUAAGCAGAUUGCAAAACAAACCACACUCCUCUAGCAUUCACACCCAGCAGGACAGUUUCCUGUUACAUGAGGCACAUACUGGUUCAAACAAAACACAACCCACUCCUCCGUGGCCUCUGCCUUCCAGGCAGAUUCCUCAACUUGUCUUCUCUGCUACUUUUCAUCUUUCUUCUCUCGGUCUAGAUUGAUUUACAAGAGCCUAGGAGUCACUGCUGAGCCAUCCUAAAGAGAGCCAAGGAAUUGUCAAAAGAUUAGUCACUGGUUGGCCGCAGGAAUCUUUUUUUCCUGUUUUUCCCUGCACAGGCCUCAUGGUGCCUUAGUGACCGGCUCUCUUAAUUACAGUGCAUACCCUCAGAUACAGGUGGUUAUAUAGGGCAGCGAGUCGCCUUGAGGGAGUGUACUUGGAAGGAACUAUAUUUAAAAGAAAUAGUGGGCAUGUUAUCUUGAAAAUGUUAAUUGUAAAUUACCUCACUUAUAAUAACCAUUUAUAAGUUAGAGAUUCCAUUUGCAAAUGGCCCUAAAGGCUGUUUUCAAUGAACAGUUCAUGGGCUCUGUAAUCUUAAAAUUUUCCGUGGGAUUUUAACUUAAUAUAAUGAUCUUUCUUCCUUACAUAUCUCAGUAUGCAAUAUUUUAUACUUUUAAAUACCUGUACUAAUAGGUAUCAUGAAUACCUAGGUUUUGGUUUUAUACAAUUGAGGCAGUAAUUUUUGCAAAUACAGUUCAUUUAACUGAUUGUGCUAGCACUUAAACUAGAAAAAAUUGCAGAAGGUGGAAAAGUGAGUGGGAGGAAUCAAUUUAUAUUUUUUUCGUAUUCAAUGUUUUAAUUUUUUAGCGGACAAUUUGCAUACCUCCGCACCCCUUCCUUUAAGUUAGUGUUGACAGCUUUUCAUAAUAAACUACUUAAAUAGAAGCUUUUCUCAAGAAUGGAAUGAAAUUGCAAAACAAAAAAACCCCCAAAACAAAACCCAGAUCACUGCUGCUUUUUAAAAAACCAGCACUUUCCCCAAGUAUUUUUAUUCUAACAAAAUACACAGUGAGGUUUGUGCUGUGUGCAUAUUCAGUGUUUCCAGGUGCUGGCUUCUGUGAGGCUGCCAGGGCUAACAGGUGGCCCGGACCUAAGUUUUGGUUUCCCCUAAAAUGGUGAGAUUCCCCACCCCAAUCAGGCCGCCUGGAGCCAGCCAAUCAACAGGCGCCCAAAAGGGAACAAAGGGAACGUGAGGGAAAGUGGAAAAGCCGGCGAAUGCCUAAGUUUGAACAAAAGCCUGGGAAAGUUUUGUACCAAUAAAAUUGCUUUGCAAACAUGUAACCAAUCCGCUUAAGACAGCUACCAACUGCUUAUGUUCACCCUAUAAAUUUAUAUAACAGCUGGGGCUCGGGGCUCUCUGACCCUGCACCACUGCGUUGGAUGCGGCAGAAGCCCUGGCUCGAGUCAGUAAUAAACUUCCCUUUUUGUGAAUUGCAUUGUCUUGAAAGCCUUCUGUCUUCCUGCUCGGGGAUUCGAACAUCGGGCUAAACAUUUGGGGUCUCGUCUGGGAUCCCUUGACCGGGAGAAGAGAACACUUACAGGACAGAGGGGAAGGAUAAAUAAUAACACCGGUGCUCAGGCAGGACAGGAAAGUCCAGUGUAAAUCCGGGGCCCUGCUGGGAAGCAAGAAGGUAUCUGGCGCAGAAGAAAGCUUUCUGUGAAGGGGGGAACGGAUUAAACGUUCCAGCUGGCGUAAGGCCGAGGCCAGCAGACUCGCUGGAAGGCAGACGAUUCUGCGGGAAGGAAAGUUCCUCUCCUGACCCCAAGUCUGGUGAACAGUGGAUGCCAUUCAGUAAGGUGAACCUGCCACCGGGAGGCAAGAGAAUUCAGGGGCCCCAAAAACCCAGCGCUAUGUUAUCAGCCGACGUUUGUCUGUCCAUAUGUUUGUCUUCGGCUCUCCGUGUUUGUGUGUGUGCCGGCAUUGUCUCUGGUCCUCCUCCUCCUUCUUUCAACCUGGCUUCCUUUCCUCCUUUUGAAAUCUUUGAAGACAUCUGAAGUUUUGUGUCUCUAUAGAAGGUUUUCUGAGAGACUGUAUUCUUGUAUUUAAGGGAGUGUCUGAUGAGAACUGCCAGGUUUAUAUGUGUGUUUUAACUCUGUUCUGUGUUGUGAUUUGUGACGACUAUUUUGAUUUGGGACUAUAAAUGAAUAAUGUUUGAUGCCAUCCUAAAAUGUUUUAAGAAAACAAGGGUUUUAAAAAUUAUCACGGGUAUUUAUGCUCACCAAUCUAUAAAAUGCUAAUGUAAAAGUUAGCUCUUGGUUGCUAAAAAAAAAAAGCAAGAAGUGUGCUUUCAGUAAAAAAAAAAAAAAGUAUGAAAAAAAUACUAAAAAGAGUUAUGCAUGAUCAAGAUUUUCUAAAAUUAGAUUACAAUUAGUUAAAUAAAUAGAUUUUGUUAAAAAUAUCAUGGUCAUAAGAAAACUGGUUAAUGCCAAUUAGGUCCAAGAUGGCGGAGCUGACUUUCACUAGACCUUGAGGCUUGGUAUUUGUGCCCAUUGUGACAUAUCAAUAAGCUAAAUGACACACCCAUCAAUAUUGACUAAAUCUGACCAAAUGUUGUAAAGCCUUUAGUUGUUCUUUUCAAUAAAACUUCCUGAAUCGAAUUCUUUUGAAGUUCCUUUGACAUCUAGCUAACUUUGGGUUGUUUUCAGAGGGCCCCUGAAACAUCCCAAAGAGAGAUAUUAAACUGUUUAUUUGGUUGGUUAAAUUACAUGAAAAAGAUUAUCAAAUGAGUAAUAAAUCCGCUCAUGUUAUAAUGUAUGAAAAAUUACUAAUACAGAUAUCCUAAAAAUUAUAUAGAGUUCUUAACAUUUUGAUAUGUCUUGGUAUUCUGAUGAAAAACCUGAUGACUUCACAAAAGUUAACAAAGGAAUGAAUGAACCAGUGAAUAUGCUUAUAACUUUUAUGGUUUCUAUCUGGGAAAUUACAGGUUUAAAUCGUGUGUUCCGGGAGUAGAGAAAACCUUCCUUUUAAACUAAUUAUAAAAAUAAUUUGGUAAAAUUACACGUUAUAAACAAAACAAUUAUAUUUUCUCUCUCUCUGACUCGUCCAGAAAUUUGAAACUCUUAAGUUUCCAGUAAGUUUAUCAAAUGAGCUAAAAAGGUUAUCUCACUAACAGGUACAAAAAUCUCAAGGAAUUUUUGAGACCUUAAAAGAAAAGAGUUCACCUAGAUUUGUUAGGCAAAAUCUGUGAUAAGCCUUUGGUGUGAGUUUUCCAGCCCUGUUUUAUAUUAAAAGUUCAGUCUGAGAUUCUAUAAGUGUUUCAGCAAAAUAAAAAGUCUAUGAUCAAUUCUGUUAUGUGAUAUUAAUGUGAAAGUUUGU